UCUUCUCCAGAUGGUUCAUGAUGCAAUCCCUUUCAGGGGCCUGCUGACGGCUACCGUAGUGUGUUGAGAACUUUUGUAUCUGCAUUUAUUGCCUCUUAUGAUAUCAGUCUUAAGAUAAAUCUCUGAAGUUGUUACUGGAUAUUCUUUGCAAAAUUUAUCAGGGAGAGGAGUCACUUUGUAUCCAGUUUUGGGAUCGUGAAAGUUUUAUUGAUGGCCCUAUCCGGUGUCUUCUUUGCAACUUAGAGGGUGAAUUUCCUUUCAGGACUGUGGAACUAGUUCGUCUUUUAUCAUCACUUUGUGAAGGAACUUGGCCUGCAGAAUGAGUGUAUAACUUUUUGGAUAAGUCUGUGGGUAUAUCAUCCCUGGUUGAGAUUAAUGGCUCCCUUGGGGAGGAUAGGUCUCAAAUUGUGGAGACGCAACUCCCGUUGCAUGUUCCUGGAUUUGAAGGUCUGGUCAUUCCCAGUAAAACCUGUGGACGUAUUUUAAGAUUAGUUAGUGGAAAUACCGCUCUUGUACGAUGGGAGUAUACACAAUCUGGGGUGCUAGCAUUGCUCGUGCACCUGUCUCAGGAGCUGUAUUUUGACAGAAAUGACAAGGCUCUUCUUAUUCUUGACCUAUUUAGCCGGAUGGUUACCUUUAACACAGCUGUAUGUUUUGCUUUGAUGGACAUUGGGAACUCAUCACAUUUCCAAUCAACUGGCAUGAAUGGGCAGACAGAAAGUAAUAUGCGAAAAUUAUCUCCUACUUCGGGCGGUGCCGCUCUGAUGUCCGUGGGUAUAAAUAUAUUGGGAAAGAUGUUAAGAUGUUCCCCUUCUCGUGUGUCUGAGGUGGCCUUAAAGGCAAAUAUAUUUGGUUUCAGCAAUGGCCACAAUGAUCCAUCAAGAGGAACAUGGUUUCUUUCUGGGAAACUGGCAAAGAUGCUAUUAAUUGACUGUGAGCAGAAUGAUAGUUGCUGCUCGUUGACUAUAUCAGUGCUGGACUUUACCCUACAUCUCAUGGAGACAGGAUUAAAAAAUGAUGCUGUCCUGGAUUUAAUUGUUUUCUCCAUUCAGUAUGUUCUUGUUAACCAUGAAUACUGGAAAUACAAGGUGAAGCAUACCCGUUGGAGAGUAACAUUGAAGGUGCUAGAAGUGAUGAAAAAAUUUAUUACAUCUGUAUCAUGCUCUGAAAAGUUGGAUGAAGUCAUCCUGGACAGGUUACUGUCUGAUUCGUCCAUCCAUAGUAAUCUCUUUCGGAUUGUUUGUACAACUACCAAGCACUGGAGACUUUAUUUCAGCCGGCUCGUUGAUCUAACAGAGAUUGAAGGUUUACAGAUGGGAUAUAUCUUCCAGUCCUCCAUUUUUUCAUCAAGCAGUUUUCUCAUCAGCUACCAGACCAAUUCCUGUUGUUGCAGCGCUUGUGUCCUUGAUAUCUUACUUUCGCAAUCCUGGAAUACAAGUUGGUGCUGCUAGGGUUUUAUGCAACCGUAUUUGUUUGGUAGCAGCUUCGGUCUGGAUGAU